AUGGUUCGUAAAAGGCAACUCAACAGUUAUAUUGCCUCCUCUGCUUCAAAUUUAGGUCUUAUGAAUUACUGCCCCAAGCAAAACACAAUGGCGGCAAGUGAUUCUGAAUAUCAGUGGUACCAGUCCGACUCGACCGUUUUUGUCUCAGUCAUGCGCAAGGGUAUCGAUCCAGCUACUCUUCGUGUUACCUUUGUUGAGGAUGCAGUCGCAAUUUACAUAAAUAAUGAACUCGCCAAUCAAAUUAACCUUGCUCACAAAAUUGAUCCUAGUAAAUCCUUAUACAAAUGUACACCUAUGAAGAUUGAGCUUAAACUGGCAAAAACCGUGAGCUCAAAUUGGAGCUGCUUGGAGGGGGUCGAUCCUGCGUCAUCACUCAAAGUAAUUGAUGUGUCUGCGCCGAGUAAGGAUGGGGACAAACCGAAAAGGGUCAACAAAUCCUAUCAUGACUGGGAUGCCGUGGCUAAAGAGGCGGACGAAAUUGAAGAAGGGGACCCCUUGAACAACCUUUUCCAGAAGAUAUUCAAGGACGCCAACGAUGACACCAGGCGCGCUAUGAUCAAGAGCUUUACUGAAUCCAACGGAACAGUUCUGAGCACAAACUGGGACGAGGUUGGUAAGGGGAAAGUUGAGAUGAAGCCCCCAGAUGGCAUGGAAUAUAAGGAAUAUCCUAAAUGA